AUGGAUAAUGAGAAGAAGAAGAAGAAGAAGAAGAAGAAGAAGAAGAAGAAGAAGAAGAAGAAGAAGAAGAAGAAGAAGAAGAAGAAGAAGAAGAAGAAGAAGAAGAAGAAGAAGAAGAAGAAGAAGAAGAAGAAGAAGAAGAAGAAGAAGAAGAAGAAGAAGAAGAAGAAGAAGAAGAAGAAGAAGAAGAAGAAGAAGAAGAAGAAGAAGAAGAAGAAGAAGAAGAAGAAGAAGAAGAAGAAGAAGAAGAAGAAGAAUAAUCAUCUUAGACCUAUAUUUUUAGAUCCGGACAUGGACUAUUUCGCAUUUCCUCCCCCCUCGGCGCUCUCAUUACAGCAGCUGUAGUGCUCGUUGCUCCCUGCAGAGGCGCUCCCUCCAUCCGGCUCGACACUCAGAUUCUCACCGGAGCUGCACACGUCUUUCUCGACUGCGCCUGUUACCAUUCAUUUUCACCAAUAAUG